AUCAACGUUAAGGACGACGAGAUUCAGAGUUGCGAAAAAGAAAAAAUGACCUUUGACUCAAAGAUCGAAGAAUUAACUCUGGGCUCGAAUGAAAAACACAAGGAUGAUAAUAAAGCGUACUUGGGAAAUCAAAAUGCAAUUCCACAACUGCAAAGUGCCGACAGAAUACUUAACGCGAGGAAUCAAAUUGAAAGUUGCACAACGUUGUUAAACUUUCUAGCCGAUUCCCAGUGGACGUUGACGCAAGUCAACGGGCAAAGAAAGCUUGGACCACCGCCAGGAUGGACAGGACCGCCUCCUGAUCCCAAAUGCGAAAUUUUCGUCGGAAGUAUCCCGAGGAAUUAUUCCGAGCCCGAGAUCGUCCUCAUAUUCAGUACUGUCGGCCAAAUUUACGAGCUGCGACUGAUGAUGGACUUCUCCGGCACGAACAGAGGGUACUGCUUCAUUAUGUACACCACCGAGGAAGAGGCAGCUCGCGCCGUGAAGCAAUUGGAUCGGUACGAGAUCUACCCUGGCAAAAGGAUCGGCGUGGUGGCUAGUACUAACAAUCGACGACUUUAUAUCAAUCAAUUACCUCAGAACCUUGACUCCGAAACUAUUAUCAGGGUACGUUUUGUACAACAUAAUAUUACGUCGUUGAUUUUUUGAACGGAGUGUAGGAAGUGAUGCUUAAAAUUGUACAGUCCACGCUCUAAUCGAUUCUCAUCUAUUUCUAUAGCGUCAGAAUCAAAGCUUCCUGAAGAAGGAUAACAAAUGGAGUAAAAAUUUGUUUCGAUUUCAAUUUGAUUACUGUGAUUAAUCAAUCGUGAAAUUAUUUAUCGACGGAAUAAGUUAAUAAAGUUCAGCUUCAUAAAUGUUCCAAUGAAUUUGCAUGUGCAUAUAUUUUUGUUUUUAUUUUUAUUUUGUGACUUUAAUUUUUUUUUUUUUUUUUUUUUUUUUGAAUAAUUUACUUAUAAAAGAUUCUUCUCUUUUCAGCGCAUGUAUGAGAUAACCGAGGAGGUUGAUAGUGUUGCCGUUUAUCGAAAUAUGAGCGGUUACAUAAUGUACGUGUUGGUUUCGUACAAAACACAUAGAGAUGCUGCUAUGGGAAGGAGAAGGUUGGUGCCCGCAGCGGCAUCCAUUUUUGAAAAUUGCGAUGUGAAGAUAGAAUGGGCUAAUCCAAACAUGACUCCUUCCAACGUGGUAGGUAUCUGAGUUUGAAGAAAAUAGUUUAUUUUUAUUUGAAAAUAUUUUAGUGGAAAUGAUCGAUAAUAUUUAUUGCAUACUUAAUAGUAUAACAAUAGGAUUUUAAUAGUAGAGAAAAUUGAAUCACAUACAAGUAAAUUUUACCAUUUAAAAGUUAAAUAUUGUGAUUGCUGAAAUUAUUAUCGGUAAGUGUUGACCGAGCAAAAAAGCGAGGCAAUGACAGAAAUCUGACGAAGGGAGGUUAGUU